AUGGUCACCGUUGUGAUUGAAGAAGUAGGCGACACAGACAGUUCGAUGCUGUCAGUCGCGCCAUCGUCUAUUUCGGAAAGUGAUGAUCCUAGUUCCCUCUUGUACUUGUUGGAUACCGCGCAAGAGGACCAGCUGGAUGCGCUACUUGAGGAUGAUGUAUUUGCCACAGCCAUGGGUCAGCGGAUGCUGGCCGUAUCUGGUCAAGAGGUGGAUGACAGUUUGCUGUCGCUUGGGCAGCUCCUGCUAAGUCGCCCAUCUUCUUCAAGUCUCCAAGCGUUUCGUGCUCAGCACCCGCGCCGAUUCACUCCUUACCGUCAGCGUGGCGAGACAUACCUGCUACCGCAACUCCGCGAUUGGGACUUGUCGGAAGAGCACACUACGUAUCAUGUCCUUCCUGGUGGCUACAUCACGGCUGUAGGGUAUGCUGAGGAAGAUGAAGACAACGACAAAGAGGAGGAAGAGGAUAAAGAGGAAGAGGACGAAGAGGAAGAGGACGAAGAAGACCUAAUCUUGCAAGAUGAUGACGACUAUAUGGACUGGCUGGGCGAGCAGCUGCUGAACCGCAAGUCGGGUGCACCAAUGUGGGUUAUUGAUGCCGUGCAUGAAUCACCCGAUGAUGAAACGGCAUAUACACUAUGGGAAGCAAGUGAUGGGGCUUAUUCACCGAUGUGGACGACGCGCGAUGGCAGUGAGGACGGGAUCCUCUCUCCCUGCGCCACAUCGCCCAACGAACGGCCCCGCAAGUCGAUGCGAGGCACUUGGUAG